CUCUGCUAAGAAGGCCUUCAAGAAGCCAGAAAAUUGUGCACUAAGGGCUGUUGAGUAUAGACCAGAAGCUAUGUCUGUUGAGAAGCCAACUAAGUGUGAACAAAAGGAUGUGGAAGAUGUGGAAGAUGUGGCCACUGUUGCUAAGGCUUCUGUGGAUAAAUCACGCAAUAUUUGCAAAUAUUGGAUGACUGACAAUUGUGUGCAUGGUGACUUGUGUCAGAAUUUGCAUUCAUGGUUUUAUGGUGAUGGGUUUUCUACGCUUGCAAAGCUUCAUGAACACAACAAGGCAAUCACUGGGAUUGCACUGCCGACUGGUUCAAACAAACUUAUUUCUGGUAGCACUGACGGCACAGUUCGGGCAUGGGACUGCAACACUGGCCGUUGUGUUCACAUGAUCCAUCUUAAUUCUCCAGUUACCUCACUCAUAUCUGAGGGCCCAUGGAUUUUUGCCGGUGUGAAAAAUGCUGUGAAGGCAUGGAAUAUUCAGACGGGUGCAGAUGUUACUCUUGAUGGACCUAAAGGGCAAAUCCUUUCCUUGAAUGUUGGCAAUGAUAUCCUCCUUGCUGGAGCAGAGGAUGGUGUUAUUUAUGCUUGGAGAUGCAGCUUUGAGUCUCCUUUCAAAAUGGUUGCAACACUAAGUGGUCAUAGUAAAGCAGUGGUUUGUCUUGCUAUUGGAUGUCACAAGAUGCUUUAUUCUGGAUCCAUGGACCAUAGCAUUAAGGUUUGGGACCUUGAUACAUUACAGUGCACAAUGACACUUAACGGCCAUACCGACGUUGUCACAUCACUUAUUUGCUGGGACAAUUUCUUGUUAUCGGCUUCAUCUGAUCGCACAGUCAAUGUUUGGGUGUGCACCGAGGAGGGAACUCUGGAAGUGACAUACACUCACACUCACGAAAUUGCUGUUCUUGGAAUGUAUGGGAUGACUGAUGCAGAGGCCAAGCCAAUAUUGUUCUGCUCGUGCAAAGAUAAUUCAGUUCGUAUGUUUCUAGAGAGAGGUCGACUAUUUACAAGACAAGAAGUUCGAUCCUUUGGGAUAGGCCCUGGCGGACUCUUCUUCACUGGAGAUGGGACUGGUUUGCUAAAUGUGUGGAAAUGGUUAGAAGAGCCUAAGGUGCCAACAUAGGGAAAUACAUAAGAUCUUGAGUUACAUGAUGAGUUAUUCUAAUUAUUUUAAUGUGGUGACCUUAUCUUUAUUCUCUGAAUGUAUGAAUUAACUGAGCAUACUUGAUGUUGGGGUUGGGCAUAUUGGUUCUUGAGGUACAAGAAUUUAGAGAAAUAUUAUUGAUUCUUGAAGCAAAAGAAACAGUAAAAUAAAAUAAUAAAAAAAGUCCAAGGCUUUGAGCAUCAAUGGUUAGGCGGGUCAAAAUUGGCCUAAAAAGCUCAAAAGAGUUGUUCUUCCUAACUAUAUGCUUGUGGUGUGAAAGUGUCAAGUAAUUCUUGAGACCGAACAUUUAAAGUCGUGACCCAAAGCUAUUAAAGAGUACGCUUAAGGCUCUAAGCACCACUGUCUGGGAAUUUGAGCAAAGCUAAAUUCGAAUCCAAAGGGUUCCCCCAGUUAAGUGCUUGUGGUGUUUAUGUAUCAGGUGGUAAUACAUGAAAACAAAACACUUAGAGUCACGGCUAGGCUCAAAGGUGCAAAGCACCAAAAGAAAUAAAAGCUGUGUUCAAGAAUCAAGAAAAACUUAAAAGAAGAGAGUCAAAAAUAUGAUCUGGAUUCUAAUUCUAAGGGAUACCAAUAUUGCUGAACUUCAAAGGAAAAAGAGAUGCCAAAGCUAUUCAGAAAUAGAGAGUUAGUAGCCCCAUUCAGUAAUUAGACCUAGCUUCAUCUGACAACUCUAACUUUCAAUGUAUAAUGUAACAUUCUAUGUAUUAUACAAUUCUCAA